UAAAGAACCCGGAAAUACAAUGUUCGGUGACGAGAUGGUUUUAACGGGAGUAGCCUAUACAGUAGAGAUAUUAUAAUAAUAAUACAGUAAUACAGAACGUGCAUGUGUUGCUGCUUUGCAUUGUUUGGGAACCCCAGAGUCCAGAUACUGAAGUCGUUGGUUUAAAGCCGUCGAUCUGGCGACAGCACCAGCGUUUGUUUAUAUUCAUGGACAAAGAGAAGUGUGGCGACAAUCGUGCUCAGUGCUCCUGGAUGGAGAUGCAUCAGUUCAUUGGUGACCUUCUCACAUCUGGAAACGCCUUAAAGGAUCAGCCAGAUGUGCUGAACGCAGCAUGGGGUAUGCCACCACCACCACCAGCAGCUGUAGCUAUGGCUGGUGCUGGUGCUGGUGGUGAGGCUCUGCGGUUCAAAGGUGCUUCACUGGAACCUCGAGCUGGCCGGGACAAGCCUGAGGCCGAGGCGGGCCGGCGGGUCCAGCCUGGGGCAUCGCAGAGGAAGGGAGAGCCCAGAGACAGGAGAGAAGAUGUGCAUAAUGCCUGCACCUGCCCUGGCUGCCCUUACUCCACUUGUCCAGCUUCCUUUGAGACUUUAAAACCCAGACACUCUUUGUCCUCGCCCCCACGCUCGGAUGCAGUGUGCCACCCCAAAGACCUCAGCAGUACCGCUCAGAUGAGUCUCAGCAUGUGCUUACCAGACACCACUGAGCCGAGCAGCACCACGUCUGAGCUAGAGACCAGGGCAUCCAGCCGACCGCAGAGGGAGCCCGCAGACCGAGGGCCUCCGAAACCAGACCAGACUCCCGCUCCCAGAGCGUCCUCGGGCUCUUUGUCCCACCUCUCCAUGUUUCCCUGCUUGUGUUGCCAUCGCAGCCUACAAACCUGCACCCAGAUACUGAGCCACCAGGAAGGCCCAGACUCCCCGUUUUCUCACGCCCAUCAUUUUCGUCACCACCACUGUCCCAUAACGUCUUGUUUACCCUGCCCUCAGCUCGCCCGCUCUCACGCUCCACAGCUCUCUGGCCCUUUUCCCUGCCUGCCUUGCCAGCGCUCCUUUCCUACCUGUACCCAGGUCUGCCACCACCAGCACAGACAGACGCCCCCUCAGCAACAAGAGGACAGCGGCAGGGCAGCUGCGACCAUGCUGUCGCUCCAUCCCUGUAUGCACUGCUCUGCCUCUUUUUCCAGACCGUCCCAGUUGCUGCAGCACCAGCGCUCUGAGCACGCUCACAAACCACCCGGCUUCCUCUGCACAGAGUGCGGUAGGGCCUUUAACUCGCACAGCAAUCUCCGAAUCCACCUCAACGUGCACACCGGUGCCCGGCCCUACUCGUGCUCUGACUGCGGGAAGAGUUUCAGCCAGUCGGGGGCUCUGAAGAUCCACAGGCGGAUUCACACAGGUGAAAGGCCAUAUUCCUGUCGAUUUUGCGGCAGGGGGUUUCCCCACCUGGCAGGGGUCCGGGCCCAUCAGAGGACCCACACAGGAGAGAAGCCGUACUGCUGUAGCCAGUGUGGCAAAUGUUUCACCCAGUCAGGGGCUCUUAAGAUCCAUAUGCGCAUCCACACAGGGGAGAGACCCUUCAUCUGCAGCUUCUGCGAGAAAGGCUUUUCCAACCGCUCCGGGAUCCGCUUCCACUACCGCACAGUCCACGGGAUUACCCCCGAUCACGCUGGAGAAGCUGGAGCUGGGGACGCGUAUCGGGGACCAGCAGGCCGUGGUUAUCCCCCUGGGCGUCCCAGGACUUAUCCUCAAGCCAGCGUCGGGCUAAAUACACCUAACGGUCAAGAGAGUCAUUUGCACACCGCUCCAAAUUCCAGAGAGGGUUCGGUGUCGACCGCUGCUCAUCACAAAUCUCAGUCAGAGGGAGCAAACCCAGGCAGCAGCAGAGAGGGGCUUCUGUAUGCAUGUGAAGACUGUGGCCUGCGUUUUAAGGACGCCCCGUCCCGGAACAGACAUCAGACUCUGAUGCACUACUCCUAUGAGGGAAGAGAGGAGGAGGAGGAGGAGGAGGAGGAGGGGGGGCGGCAGAGGAAAGAGUCAGGAACAAACAAGGGAGUCCGCGAUAACAGCGCGGAGUGA